AUGUACGGCAGUGCCAGAGCCGUAGGCCAUAUAGAGAGCAGCCCCGCACGGUCCCCGCGCCUGCCAAGGUCCCCCAGAUUGGGCCAUCGGAGGGCCAACAGUGGGGGCGGGGGUGGUGCGGGGGGCAAGACGCUCUCCAUGGAGAACAUCCAGUCCCUCAACGCUGCCUACGCCACCUCGGGGCCCAUGUACCUGAGCGACCACGAGGGCGUGGGCUCCACUGCCACCUACCCAAAAGGCACUAUGACUCUGGGUCGCGCCACCAGCCGGGCCAUGUACGGGGGCCGCGUCACAGCCAUGGGCAGCAGUCCCAACAUUGCUUCUGUGGGGCUGCCUCACCAUGCUGACCUGCUGUCUUACAGUGACCUGGGCUCCCUCUCCAUGCUGCAUCCCCACCACCACCAGGGGGUGCCUUCUGCCCUGUUAAGGCAAGCGGUACGGGGCAGUGGGGGGGAGCUGCUGGAGAUGCAGGCCCAGCUCAGGGACAUGCAGAGAGAGAAUGAGCUGCUGCGCAGAGAGCUUGACCUGAAGGACAGUAAGUUGGGAUCCUCCACCAACAGCAUCAAAAGCUUCUGGAGUCCUGAGUUGAAGAAGGAGAGGAUCAUGAGGAAGGAAGAGGCAGCUCGCACAUCCAUCCUGAAGGAGCAGAUGAGAGUCACUCAUGAGGAGAACCAGCAUCUCCAGAUGACCAUCCAGGCUCUACAGGACGAGCUACGCACACAGCGGGACUUAAACCACCUGCUGCAGCAGGAGGGUGGUAACCGCUCCGCCCUCGACCACUUCACCACCAUCGAGCUGACAGAGGAGAACUUCCGCCGACUGCAAGCCGAACACGACAGGCAGGCCAAGGAGCUGUUCCUGCUCAGAAAGACCCUGGAGGAGAUGGAGUUGAGGAUCGAGACCCAGAAACAGACACUGGGCGCCAGGGAUGAGUCAAUUAAGAAGCUGCUGGAGAUGCUGCAGAGCAAAGGGCUGCCCUCAGGUUCGGGCAGAGCGUCAGAGGAGGAGGAGCAAGAGAGAGCCAGGCGCAUUGCUGAGGCUGAGGCCCAGCUGGGACACCUGGAGGUCAUUCUGGAUCAGAAGGAGAAGGAGAACAUCCAUCUUAGAGAGGAACUGCACAGAAGAAACCAGCUGCAUCAGGAUCCAAGCAAAACCAAGGCACUGCAGACCAUCAUAGAGAUGAAAGACACCAAAAUUGCCUCUCUGGAGCGCAACAUUCGGGAUCUGGAGGAUGAGAUCCAAAUGCUGAAGGCGAACGGCUUACUGAACACAGAGGACAGAGAGGAGGAGAUCAAACAGAUGGAGGUCUACAAGAACCACUCUAAGUUUAUGAAGACAAAGAUUGACCAGCUGAAGCAGGAGUUGUCCAAAAAGGAGUCUGAGCUGCUGGCCCUGCAGACAAAACUAGAGACCCUCAACAACCAGAACUCAGACUGCAAACAGCAUAUCGAGGUGCUCAAAGAGUCUCUCACUGCCAAAGAGCAACGUGCUGCCAUUCUGCAAACAGAGGUUGAUGCGCUACGCCUGCGCCUGGAAGAGAAGGAGUCCUUCCUGAACAAGAAAACCAAACAGCUGCAGGACUUGACGGAGGAGAAGGGCACUCUCGCCGGAGAAAUCAGGGACAUGAAGGACAUGCUGGAGGUCAAAGAGAGGAAGAUCAAUGUCCUGCAGAAGAAGAUUGAGAACCUGCAGGAGCAGCUGCGGGAUAAAGACAAGCAGCUCGGGAAUCUUAAGGACAGGGUCAAGUCUCUGCAGACCGACUCCAGUAACACAGACACUGCCCUGGCCACCCUGGAGGAGGCACUGUCAGAGAAGGAGAGGAUUAUUGAGCGCUUAAAGGACCAAAGAGAAAGAGAAGACAGAGAACGACUGGAAGAAGUGGAUUUAUAUAAGAAGGAGAACAAGGAUCUGAAGGAGAAGGUCAACAGCCUUCAGAUAGAACUAACAGACAAAGAGUCCAGUCUCAUCGAUUUGAAAGAACAUGCUUCAUCUCUGGCGUCAUCUGGCCUGAAGAAGGAUUCAAAGCUAAAGUCACUGGAGAUCGCCAUCGAGCAGAAAAAGGAGGAGUGUAGUAAGUUGGAGACGCAGUUGCAGAAGAAAGCCCAUGAGGUGGAGCAGCAGUCCGGACCCAGAGGAAACCCGGACUAUGUAGACCGGGUAAAGCUGCUGGAGAAGGAGGUGGGCUACUACAAGGACGAGGCCAACAAGGCUCAGACUGAGGUGGAGCGACUCCUAGACAUCCUGCGAGAAGUGGAGACAGAAAAGAAUGACAAAGACAAGAAGAUUGCUGAGUUGGAAAGACAAGGAGGCAAAGACCAGACUAAGAAGGGUCCAAACAUCAAACUGGGACCACAAGGAGACAAAAAAGGCUUAGGACAAGACCUUCGUAAGGACGGGACCAUGGAUGGCGGCCACCAUGUAAAGUUGGAGGAGUUGAUGAACACCCUGGAGAGGACGAGGCAGGAGCUGGAUUCCACCAAGCAGCGUCUCUCCUCCACUCAGCAGUCUCUACAAGAGAGGGAUGGCCACCUCACCAACAUGAGACAAGAGCGGAGGAAACAGCUGGAGGAAAUCCUGGAGAUGAAGCAACAAGCUCUGCUGGCAGCCAUCAGUGAGAAAGAUGCUAAUAUUGCUCUGCUUGAACUGUCUGCCUCCAAUAAAAAGAAGACCCAGGAGGAAGUGCUGGCCCUCAAGAGGGAGAGGGACAAACUGAUGCACCAGCUCAAACAACACACACAGAGCAGAAUGAAGCUAAUCGCUGACAACUAUGAAGACGAGCAGUAUCACCCACACGGUCCUCACCACCCCCAGCCUCAGCCCCCCCACGCCCAGCCUCAGCCCCAACCCCAGUACCCCCAUACUCCCCACGCUCCCCACGCACAACACGCACCACAUGCACCACACGCUCCCCACGCACCCCACGCUCCUCACACUCCCCACGCAACCCACACUCCCCACGCAACCCACACUCCCCACCCCCAGCAGACUUCAUACCCACACACCAUGCACCAACAACACCCGCAGCACCAACAGGCCCCACAACAGCAUCCACACCCACAGCAGCCACAACCCCAGUACCCACACCCAGGCCACCCGCAGCACACCCAGCAGCAUCCUCAACAUCCCCAACAGCCUCCCCAGCAUCAACAGCACCCACGCCCCCCACAGCCCCAACACGCUCACCAACAGCACCCACAGCAUCCUCCACAGCACCCACAUGGACAUCCUCAACCUCAGCACCCGCACCCACAGCACCAACAACACCCACAUGGUCCUCAACAACAAGGACCCCAUCCCCAACAUCCACACCCCCAGCAUCCUCAACACCCUCAGCACCCGCACCACACCCAGCAUCCACGUCAUCCGUCGCCCCAUCAUCGCGGAGGGCCGGCCAGAGGACCCCCACAUGCUGGUCAUCGCCCCAACCAGGACCAGGAUGACGACGAGGGCAUUUGGGCAUAAUCCUAGCUGUGACAACCAAAGCUGUAAUGUUGUUUUGAGGGAUGAUUCAGUCACUACUGGAGGAGCACAGCCAAGCCAUGAUGUUAAAGCACCACCAGACCAAACAUUUAUUACCUCCACCCAAUCAACACUCAACAGCAGGACCUUUGUUUAUUUUAUUUGGGAGAGGAGGGGGCACUCAGGUGUGCAGGUCAUGCAGGGAGACCGGCAGCUGAGCAGGUGACCCUGGACCUCUUCUUUGUUUUUAAGGUAGUAGAUGUCAUCAACUUCUUCUGCACAGAUCACAGAUGGAGGACUGAGUCCAAAGUAAAGGGACAGAUGUUGUAGCCAAAGGAGAGACAGAUGUGCUCUGUGUCAGACUCCUGCGUGGACAAGUCAUGUAAUCGGCAUGGCAGGCCAGCACUAAAGGUCUCACAGAGGUCCCCUCAGCUGUCUGUCACCUGCUGGUCGCUGUACCUCCUCAGGCCAACGAUGCCCUCUUCAUCCUCCCAGCAAGAGAGCUCAUGACUGUCAUCUGGCUCAGUAUUUUUGUUCUUCAUCCUGCUUCCAUUGACUAAUACAAGAUCAUGGUGUUCUUGGUGUCCGCUCCACCUCGCUCUGGUUGGCUGCCCCCAGCUGACUCUGUCACGAUUCCUGAAUCCUCACUGCCCUGCUGACCCACCUGGUGACAUCUGACCCCUCUACCUGGCUCUAUCCUCCCUGUCUUGUUUAUUUCAUUUUAGUCACCUGUUCAUGUUUUUAGAUAUUUUACCCUGUGUGGCACACAGUCACAUCUUUUAUAUCCUUUAUACCCACGCCUUCCAUUUCUGGUGAUCAUUUUCAGCAUCUUUAAAGGUGAUGUAGUGUACUCUUAGUUUCCACCAAACUUGAGUAUAGCAUGCUCCACACACCCCAGAUUUGAGUGAUUUUUGUUUUCAUACCUUGUUGGCAAAAAGAAAGAGCUUAGAGUUUACAAAUAGUCCGCCUUUGGCCAUGCCUGCAGCAUUGGGGUUUCCUUGGCUGCAUGAGCAGGGCCCUCCACUUUAUAGGCGUGUUUUGGCCUUAAGGCUGUGGCUGCCAUGGUGUUUCUUCAUGUUACCUCAUUUCAAUCAGAAGUAGUCAAAAAAUAAUCAAUCUAUGCAGGUGUUAACAUAGAGUGAAUGCGUUUUUAUUUUCCCCAUUCUGACUGAAAUUUGUCAAAGUGUAAUUAUCCGUCCAAUCAGAGCGGCCAAGAGAGCGGUCAGAAAAUAUCCAUCAGAUUCUUUUAAGGUUCUGAGACUAUGCACCUAUGCACCUCCUCCCUCUUGCAGGAAUUUUUACAAAUGGUGCUUCUGCUGGUGCUCAAACUAAACGGUGUCAGAAGACCUGGUCAAGAGCAUCUUUAGUCCUUUUACAGUCGAGGGACUUGAUUCCAAAAAAGACUUCGUAGAAAUCUGUAAAAGACAGCUUUGUAUAUAAGAUUCAACCUUGGAGGACUACUGCUACUAUAAAUGCCGUCAUAGACUCUAAAGUGGGGGAAAUGUACAAUAGAUGUUUUCCCUACAGGUCUAUUUGUACCACUAACAGCCCAGUCUCUGAUCUGUAGUACACUCCUGCUCCCCUCUCCCCUGAAAACCUCCUCUCCCAGCAGUAGUCCAUGUGACCCCCCAGAACAUAGUGACUUGUUUUCUCCUUCUCAACAAGGUGGCCUGUGCCUCAUAAAAAAAAUGUACACAUAUAUGAUAGAUAUGCAUAUAUUAUACAUAUAGAGAGAAAUCUAUAGAGUGUGUCUAUAUGUGGUCAGAAAAUCGUUUCAAACUGACAAAGAUAAUAUAUCUAUGUUUUUCUUCAUGGUUAUUUUUCUAACUGGCUGGAGGUCAGACAGAUGUCUUAUUUAGCGCGUUGAGUGGUGUGAUUUUCCUCUGAUUUGUACUUUGUGAGAAAGCCCCUCAGCAGCAAGUAACAUUCCCCUGUCUGAAAACACAGGACAGCCCAGAAGAAAAAAAAACAGCUUUAGAGCAGUUUAUGGGAAAUAGAGAAGUAUAUUCAAAUCUAUGUAGAAGGCUAGAAAAGCUGACAUUAUUACAUUCCUUUCUUAAUGUGAAAACAUUCAGUUGAAGACCAUUUGCUUGUGGUGACAACUUCGAAUUACACGAAAAAAGACUUGUCUUGAAUUUUUGCAGCUCACAUAAGUAGCAAUGAGAUUAUGUCUGCUGCACUCAGCAGACAGAACAACUUGCACUUGUGAGUGAGGACUAUCACUUUAACAUCCAAGUGGAGGUUUGAGUGACUCUGUCGGGAUGCAUUUCUUUCACCUGUUUGUCGUCGUCGUCUUGUGAACCGAAGUGGUGACAAAUGUGACUGUGACAGCUGAUUAAGUAGAAAAACCAACACACUUUGUUACAGUGUAGUGGAAUAUUGAAUUAGACUGUUACUCUCCCCACUUCCUCUCCCUCCCCUUAUGGUGCCUGAGUGUCUCCAGUAUAUGGCCAAGUGUUGAUUGUUAGAUGUAAUUGUCUCCCAUCUUCCACAAACCGAAUGAUCCACGCAUCAACUUUUCAUAUGUCUGCUCCAAUCAUGACCCUCUACAUCUCCUGUCACUUACCUAGAAUGGGCAUAUUGUGUGUGUGGUAUGCGUGUGUGUGUGGUAUGCGUGUGUGUGUGCGUGUGUGCGUGUGCAUGUUUACAAAUGUUAAGAGAAAGAUCCUGAUAUGAUUUUUUUUUCUUUGGAAAAAAAAAAAAGGGAAGACAAUGCAAACAGACAGAGGAGCAAAAAAAUCCUCUCACUUCACCAUCAGGGGGGCGGAGUGCGAAUCCUCCAUUUUCAGGUCCUUAUCUACCGAAUACUUGAAGUAGGGGGUUCUCCUACCAUGAAUUACCAUAUAUAAUUUACAUGGUAGAAAACAUGAGACAUUUUAAUUGUGCCCAUGCAUGCUGUUUUUAACAGAAUGUGCCAACUGAGAGUGGUGAUGUAAGGAUAAUCUCCUGUUCUCUAUGCAGAGCGAUUUCUCAACCGUUGUGUCAAAAAGGUUUAAGAAACAUAGAGGCUUAUAGAGACUGAGGCUGGUUCCCUUGGCUUAGACUUAAGACUAAUCCUGGUUGUGAAUGACUGACAUUGCGCUCAGUGUGAGGUGGAGUCAAGAAGUUAAGUCUGCAUCUGUGCCUGGAAGCAGCCGUAAAGAAAAACUUGAGAUAAAAGGCCUGUAGAGUCAGCAGUCGUUCAAAAGCCUUUGAGAAAAAGUAUGAAAAGCCUAGCAUACAUUUUCACUUUAUUGUUGUUAUUCAGGUUAAUUUUUCUUUUUGUACGUUGCUUAAAACUUUGGAUCAAACAAAUCACUGUGACCAAUGCCAGAACCUUUUUUGUUUGAAAGAACAAAUAUUGUUUACUUUUAGAUUAUUUAUUUUAUUUACGUUAGCUUUAUUUUUUCUAUUGUUUUCUGCUUCUUGAAAAUGCCAGUUUGAGACUGUACUAUUUGUAUAAGUAAAUGUUUUGAGCUGUACAGUGAAAACCUAGGAUCAAGUUAAACGUGAGUGUCCAGCAUGCUGAAUGACUACCUGUGUGAACGUGAGCUAAUCUCCCAUGAUGCAUCAUUCCUCACUCAUUAAUUGCAUCUGCAUCGUGCAUCGUGACGGUGUGAUGUUGUGUUUGGGAGUGAUGUGUGUCUCACUUACUGUGUCCCAUUAGUAGACAGCCUGUGCAGUUUUGUGAGAGUGCAGCAUGUUUCUUGGGGUUGCUCGUGUAAAUGUAUCCAGAAAAGAGGUGUGCGAGUGUUUGCGAGUGUGUGCGUGCGUGUGCAUAACUGCCUUUAUGGGUGUGUUUGUCAGUAUGUGUGUGUAUCUGUGUGUGUGUCAUGAAUGCACAAGAGAAAAAUCUAUUUAAAAAAACUUUAUCAGAAGAAGUCCCUAGCGAAAAAAAAGCGAGACUGAGUCAAAGUUUUGAAUGAAGCAUGGAUACUCUGUGAUGUUUCUUGUUUUUUUUAAACCUAGGAGGCUGUCCUCAGUGCCCCUGUUUGCUAUUGUAUGUGCUGUAUCAGAAUAUUACUAUUGAGUGUUGGCCAGCUUGUUUAUAUCCAUCAAAUAAAGGUGACUUUCUUUCUGUC